CGGUCCUCGCUUCCCUACUCCCGACUUUUCAUAGGCUGGGGGAGAAAAGCUUGAGAAACUUGACAUUGUCUUGGGCAGAGAGCGUGUAGCAACAGAUCAAAGAAAAAAGCGGAAGAAAACGUGCUCUUUGCUGCCUGUGGAUCUCGCUGAGUUGCUUUUGUCUUGCGGGCUUCUGCUGGGUUUGGUGUUUCCCCUCUGAAGACCGAGGCGUGGGCUUCGAGGCAGCUCACUCCCUGCCGGAUGGGUCAUGGAAUUCUAAACAUGAGGCAGAUAGCUGAUCAGCUUCCUUGGAAUUUGCUGAUGACCCAGGAGAGCUUUGCCUGAAGAUGGAAACACUGGAGUCAGAGCUGACCUGUCCUAUUUGUCUGGAGCUCUUUGAGGACCCUCUGCUGCUACCCUGUGCACACAGCCUCUGCUUCAACUGCGCCCAUCGUAUCCUGGUGUCACACUGUGCCACCAACGAGUCAGUGGAGUCUAUCACCGCCUUUCAGUGCCCCACUUGCCGACAUGUCAUCACGCUCUGCCAGCGAGGUCUAGACGGGCUCAAGCGCAACGUCACCCUGCAGAAUAUCAUCGACAGGUUCCAGAAAGCAUCCGUGAGCGGACCCAAUUCCCCCAGUGAGACCCGCCGAGAGCGGGCAUUUGACGCCAACGCCAUGACCUCUGCCGAGAAAGUCCUCUGUCAGUUCUGUGACCAGGAUCCAGCUCAGGACGCUGUGAAGACCUGUGUCACUUGUGAAGUGUCCUACUGUGACGAGUGCCUGAAAGCCACUCACCCAAACAAGAAGCCCUUUACAGGCCAUCGUCUGAUUGAGCCCAUUCCGGACUCGCACAUCCGGGGCCUGAUGUGCCUGGAGCACGAGGAUGAGAAGGUGAAUAUGUACUGUGUGACCGAUGACCAGUUAAUCUGUGCCUUGUGUAAACUGGUUGGGCGGCACCGAGAUCAUCAGGUGGCAGCUUUGAGUGAGCGCUAUGACAAAUUGAAGCAAAACUUAGAGAGUAACCUCACCAACCUUAUCAAGAGGAACACAGAACUGGAGACCCUUUUGGCUAAACUCAUUCAAACUUGUCAGCAUGUUGAGGUCAAUGCAUCACGUCAAGAAGCCAAAUUGAUGGAGGAGUGUGAUCUUCUCAUUGAGAUCAUUCAGCAAAGACGGCAAAUUAUUGGAACCAAAAUCAAAGAAGGGAAGGUGAUGAGACUUCGCAAGCUGGCUCAGCAGAUUGCAAACUGCAAACAAUGCAUUGAGCGGUCGGCAUCACUCAUCUCCCAAGCAGAACACUCUCUGAAGGAGAAUGACCAUGCGCGGUUCCUACAGACUGCUAAGAAUAUCACCGAGAGAGUCUCCAUGGCAACUGCUUCAUCCCAGGUCCUAAUUCCUGAAAUCAACCUCAACGACACAUUUGAUACUUUUGCCUUAGAUUUUUCCCGAGAGAAGAAAUUGCUAGAAUGUCUGGAUUAUCUUACAGCUCCCAACCCUCCCACAAUUAGAGAAGAGCUCUGCACGGCUUCCUACGACACCAUCACUGUUCACUGGACCUCCGAUGAUGAAUUCAGUGUGGUGUCCUACGAGCUCCAGUACACCAUAUUCACCGGACAAGCCAAUGUUGUUAGUCUGUGUAACUCGGCUGAUAGCUGGAUGAUCGUACCCAACAUCAAGCAGAACCACUACACUGUGCACGGUCUGCAGAGCGGUACCAAGUACAUCUUCGUCGUCAAGGCCAUCAACCAGGCCGGCAGCCGCAGCAGCGAGCCCGGAAAGUUAAAGACAAACAGCCAACCAUUUAAACUGGACCCCAAAUCUGCACAUCGAAAGCUAAAGGUGUCCCAUGAUAACUUGACAGUAGAACGUGAUGAGUCAUCAUCCAAAAAGAGUCACACACCUGAACGCUUCACCAGCCAAGGGAGCUAUGGCGUAGCUGGAAACGUGUUCAUUGAUAGUGGCCGGCAUUACUGGGAAGUGGUCAUAAGUGGAAGCACAUGGUAUGCCAUUGGCCUUGCUUACAAAUCAGCCCCGAAGCACGAGUGGAUUGGGAAGAACUCUGCUUCCUGGGCACUGUGCCGCUGUCACAAUAACUGGGUGGUGAGACACAACAGCAAGGAAAUCCCCAUCGAGCCAGCCCCCCACCUCCGGCGCGUCGGCAUCCUGCUGGACUAUGAUAACGGCUCCAUCGCUUUCUACGAUGCUUUGAACUCCAUGCACCUCUACACCUUCGACAUCACAUUCUCGCAGCCUGUGUGCCCCACCUUCACCGUGUGGAACAAAUGUUUGACCAUUAUAACUGGUCUUCCCAUCCCAGACCAUCUGGACUGCACAGAGCAGCUGCCGUGAGCACCUGGCCAUGUGGAGCUACUUUCUGGGGAAUAGAAAGGGUCAUGGCCACCAUUUAGGGGACAGAGAAAGCACAAGCUUCCAGAGUGUGAUUAAAUCUCGCCAAAAAAGUGUCCAGAAAUCAGCUAAGAUAGGACUCAAACGGGCGAUUUCCCCGCUCUCCCUUUUACUGUGGUUUGUGUUAAGUACAGACUUUAAUAAUUUCUUCAAUUUUUUGUAUUUACAGGAAAAUUUAUAGAUUAUUUAUGAAAGAAACAUAACCAGGAUUACACCUCUUAGGAAUUUUUUGGUAUUGCACAAUAAGAGGCCCAUACAGUUAGCAGCCUUUGUUUCUUCACAAUCUGUAACAGUGCAAACAGAAUAUAUACAACUACUUUAAAAAUAAAACAUAGCUUUGAACCUCGUAGGGAAGUAAGUGGGCUUUCUUACUCUGGUUUAUUUUGAGGUGUUUUAACUGUGAUGUCACAAGCUUUUAUUGGAUCAACUCAAAUGGAGAGCGAAAAAGAAUGGAAAGAAUUGACUUUGGAGCUUGGAAUCUGCCAUGGCUAAAUCUUUAAUUCCCUCUGAUGGCUAGUGGGAUACUGUUGGAAAGAAAGGUUCUGAAACCUUUGGCCAUAUUUUACCCUGCUUUUCCCAGGAUGAAGGAUUCUGGGAGAACAUUAAGAAUGAGAUUGCAAUUGAAAAUAGUCACUUUGAAUCCUACUGGUUAUUCCAAAAUUCAAGUUGAUUUGUGUUUUAUCAGAAGUAGGAUUCUAUUUCCUAAUAUAAAUCUUUCAUUCUUCUUUUUAAUAGUUUCUUUCUUCCCCCCACCCAAAUCAUUUUUCUUUUGUCACUGGUGCUGAGGAAAUAAACAUUUUCUGUCACAAAUGACAGCAUCACUAUGGAUUGAUUUUGCUCUCCAGGACAUCAACACAUGGCCCCAACUGCCACUACCAUGUCCAAAUAUAAGACCCGAAAAACCCUUAAUAUUUAUGAGUUGAUAAUAACAAGGGACGUUGCAUUGCAUAAAGUACUAUUCACUAGUAUACAUGUCUCAAAAGUUAUUAUAAACAGACCUUUAUUAAACACAUCUUGAAAGAUGUAGAAGUCCCUCUGUAUAUUCUAGAAUAGUUUACCAUAGAGUUGUAAGACAAAAA